AGCUGGACUUUGUGCUCAGGAAAUUGAUGCCUUGUCAAGAUGAUGAUUAAUCAUUUGUAUUCCGGAACAGCAGAAACGGAGACCAAUGACCUGCCAAGGGUUUUAUAAACCAGUUACAUAUACUCCUAUGCCAUUGCUCUCCUCUCCUAUCUCACCUUCAGACUUGUCUUACCUAUGGCAUUCAGGAGGCAAGUGAAAAACUUUGUGAAAAAUUACUCAGAUGCUGAAAUAAAAGUCAGGGAAGCAACUUCUAAUGAUCCUUGGGGUCCUUCUAGUUCCCUGAUGUUAGCUAUCAGUGACCUGACUUUCAACACGAUUUCUCUCUCAGAGAUUAUGAAUAUGCUAUGGCAGAGACUAAACGACCAUGGGAAGAACUGGCGCCAUGUGUAUAAAUCCCUUAUGCUAAUGGAUUAUCUCCUCAAGAAUGGAUCUAAGAAAGUUAUUCAGCUCUGCCGAGAGAGGUUCUGUAACCUUCAAACACUAAAAGAUUUUCAACACAUAGAUGAAGCUGGAAAAGACCAAGGUUAUCAUAUCCGGGAAAAGUCUAAGCAAGUCAUAACAUUGCUGAUGGAUGAGCAGUUGCUGCAUAAAGAGAGGGAAGUAGCGUGUCGGACUAGACGGCGUAGCUCCUACUCUAUGGCAUUUUCUAAAAGAUUACCUCAUACAGGGAACACUUCCAAGGCCGGAUGGAAACAAGAGCAGUGGCAAGACAGUCAGCUGCCUGGGGAUGCUGUGUUGUCCCAGGAAACACUACCAUUCAAGUUCAGUGCUUGGAAAUCAACAGAGGACCUGAUGUUAUUUUAUGAGGAUGACCCAAAGCCACUUUUGCCGACAGUUCCUCCAGCCAUUACUAGUAUCUCAUCACCUACAUGGUUGUCAGAAGGGCAAGCAGAAGAUUGUAACCUCUGGAAUGCAGAUGCUGUACCUACUCCCUCAGGAAAAAACCCAUCUCUGCAGACAAAUGUGAAUUUGGACAAGAAACCAGAGAGUACCAUUACAAAUACUGUCACAGAAAACCCUUUUCCAAUGCCUCUCGAAAAGCAGACAACUGCAAAAAAUUUCGAAAAAUUGACAACUUUACCAGCAUUUGGGUCAUCCAGUAAAGAAGAGUCGACCCAUCCAAGUGUAAGAAUAUCCAAGUCGGAUUCGACUUUCUGUAACCAGGCCUCUGUAGAGACGCUCUAUGUCUCUCCCUCGUUCAAGACGUUUGACCCAGCGAAGGAGACUGGAAUCGAUAAGGACCCUCAGAAACCAGCCCAGCCCAGCAUUGUUCAGAGGGAUGUUGAUAUUCUCAGGAGCUUAACGGAAUGGGUGUCAACCACCUCUGAGGGGACAUCCUCCUUUUCUACUCUAUCCAUGUCGUCUCCUGAAUCGGCCUCUCCAGACAAGUCUGCUCCUCUCUUACCCCGGAGUUUGGCGGGACCUUCCUACUGUGCUUUAUCCCAUCAACAGUCUUCUUCUGUCUCCUUUAAAGAGAAAGAUAAGACAGCCAGGGUUCGUCACCCCUUUGCUCCCAUGAGCUCACUGUCUUCUGAUGAAGAAAGUGACAACUUCAAUCUACUGGAAAGUCUUCCCGAUAACUCUGAUUCUGCUAAAAAGAAGAUAAGUCAGAUUUCCAGCAGUAAUUGGGUAGGGUUUUCCACCCAACAUGUAGACCACUUCACCUCUGUGCCCUGUUCUAGUUUUCAGACAACCAAAGGCCUGCCUCAGGAGCCUAAGGCAAACAAUUCCAUUCAGGGUCUUCUAGGGGAGGUAAAAAAUGCAGUAGUCAAAUUACACGAAGAUCUGAGUCUGGUGAUACAAGAACUUGGUGUCAUCAACAGCCAUCUGGUAAGAAUGAGUGGGAAUAGCCCACAAGUCAGCACGGCUUCGCCGCUGCCCCAGUCUUCUGAGGAGAGCUCAGACCCAAUAGAAUCAUCCCAGUAACCAUUUCUGAUAGAGCUCUGUGGUCCCACUUCCCCGACACGGAGUUAGCCUGCUAUAGAUUCUCAUUACUAUGGCAAAAUAGACUGACGGUUUGAUUUUUCUUUGUCAGAUUUAUUAACAAGUAUCUUUCACAUCAAUAAAUUCACUUGGGUGGUUUAUUUUUUUAAACAGAAAAGGUUCACCUUUGAUAAUAUUUUCAGAUUUAGAUAUUAGUUCAUUUGAAACCGAAGAGAAUUUCAUUCUUCCAUGCUCUGUACUUUAAUCUGUUGAACUCAAAAUACAUUUACACAGCAGUGAAAGUUAAGGUAAGCCCUCACGUGGGAAAUGACUAUUCUAGAGCUCUGGGGUAAGCUGGUGGUGAGAGGCCCUUUACUUCUCAUCUGUGUGGGGUGUCAUUGUCAUCAAGCCUUUGCCUUGAGUUAGGAAGAUUGAGUCUGGGGCACAGGUUUUACAUGUUCUCAUGCCACGUUUCUGUUCUGCAAACCAAGGGCCAGAACCUUCCCCUUCUUAUGGAUGCCAUGUUGGUUAGGAGUUUAGUUGAGACAAAAAGAACAUGGAACAGGUGUUUUUGUUGUUCAUGUAUAUUGCAAAGUGAAUUCAAAUGUUUACUCUCUUUUCUUGUAUUUUCAAAAAUAAAUUUGAUAUUUUUCAUCUUG